GUGCCCCUCCACUGGGGCCGUGUGCAACUCGCGCAUAGACUACGGUUGCGCGUUGCCCUCGCGCAUCAUUCGACCUCCGCGCACCGCAGUCUCGGCAUCACCGCCCUGAACUGUAUACGCGUCCGGGAGCUCGACUCUCGUAGCGACUCGACGAACAGGAUAAGUUAAGCGAGCACAAUGCCUUUCAAACCAGCAGAUAACCCCAAGUGUCCGAAAUGCGGCAAGUCCGUGUACGCAGCCGAGGAACGAGUCGCCGGCGGACUCAAAUGGCACAAGAUGUGCUUCAAGUGCGGACUGUGCCAGAAGUUGCUGGAUUCCACCAACUGCUCAGAACACGAAGGUGAACUGUAUUGCAAAGUGUGCCACGCGCGUAAAUUCGGACCUAAAGGCUACGGCUUUGGUGGUGGCGCCGGCUGCCUUUCCAUGGAUACCGGCGACCACUUGCAACAGGAGAACGCGGGUGUAAGGACAAACGGAGCAUGCUUGGAGCCACGAGUCAUCGCUAAGGCACCCCCGGGUGAAGGAUGUCCUCGUUGUGGUGGAUAUGUCUACGCAGCGGAGCAGAUGUUGGCUCGUGGAAAGGCGUGGCACAGGGAGUGCUUCAAAUGCGGCGACUGCCAAAAACGUCUAGACUCUACCAACUGUUGCGAGGGGCCAGAUAGAGACAUUUACUGCAAAGUCUGUUAUGGGAAGAAGUUUGGUCCUAAAGGAUAUGGUUACGGAAAGGGAGCUGGUGUUUUGCAGAGUGACCCUUACGCCAAUGGAGGUAUUGGACACGGGGGGAUGUCAUCCCUGGGUCUCAUGUGUGAUGUAAAGGACUUGGAGUGGCAAAGUGACCAAGCUCCAAAGACGACGGUAAUUGAUACCGCCAGUAUUAAGGCUCCACCAGGCAAGGGUUGCCCACGGUGUGGUGGCGUUGUUUUCGCCGCUGAACAAGUCCUGGCAAAGGGUCGUGAAUGGCAUCGUAAGUGUUUCAAAUGCCGUGACUGCACCAAGACAUUGGACUCGAUCAUAGCUUGCGACGGCCCGGAUAACGAUGUCUAUUGUAAAACAUGCUAUGGAAAGAAGUGGGGACCCCAUGGUUAUGGAUUCGCUUGCGGCUCUGGAUUCUUACAGACUGACGGCUUAACUGAGGAGGAGAUUUCUGCUAAUCGUCCAUAUUAUAAUCCUGAUACUACCUCCAUAAAGGCACCUAAAGGCCAGGGAUGCCCACGUUGCGGCGGCAUGGUAUUCGCUGCGGAACAACAAUUGGCUAAAGGGACAAUGUGGCACAAGAAAUGCUUCAAUUGCGCCGAGUGCCACCGACCUCUGGACUCGAUGUUGGCGUGUGAUGGCCCCGACAGGGAGAUCCACUGCCGUGCUUGUUAUGCUAAACUAUUCGGGCCAAAAGGAUUUGGCUUCGGCCAUGCUCCUACACUCGUGUCCACAGAUGCGGAACCUACCAUCACCUACACAGAGCAGCUUCCAUUCACUGGUCAGAAGGCUGCCAAAGGACAUGGUUGCCCUCGAUGCGGAUUCCCAGUGUAUGCUGCUGAACAAAUGCACUCCAAGAAUGGCACAUGGCACAGACGGUGCUUCUCAUGUGCGGACUGUCAUAGAUCUCUGGAUUCCACCAACUUAAAUGAUGGACCUAAUGGCGAAAUUUACUGCAGAGGUUGUUAUGGUAGAAAUUUCGGCCCGAAAGGUGUUGGUUUCGGUAUGGGCGCAGGCACAUUAACAAUGGCUUAGUUAAACUAUGAAGCUGGACUUUAUAGGAUUUUAAAAUACUUUAAAUGGUAGCGUGAAAGGAAUUUAAUCUAUUGCUACCUCUUAUCUGCUGAUCUUACCAUUUAUUAAACUGGUUUUAAUAAUGGUUGAUUUUAUCCAAAGAGACUAAUAAAGAAAUAGAUAUAUAUAUAAUAGAUUUUAUGUAAGUGCAAUAAUUUUAUGAUAGGAAGAUAUAAAUUAAAGGUUACAUUCCUUUCAUAUAUGUACAAAUUGUGAUGAAUGUGUCUGGGCCCUUAGUUUAUAGAUUCGUCAUAAAAUAUUGUAGAAUGUAAGGUGCAUAGACUUAAUGUAGAAAUAAGAAGUAAUAAAUAAUUAAAAUAUAAAAAAAAAAAAAUCGAAUUAACUAUUAAAAAAUAUAUAAAAAAUAAAUAUGGCAUUGUGAUUAUACUUCCACAAAUCACUUUAGUGAUGUGGGGUUAAGCAUAAAACUAUCCUGUAAACGCGGAUAAGAUUGCAAAUAAGCAAUCGUUUCGACCGACCAGAUCUUAAUGACAAGGUCUGAAGUGUCAAUGAAGUCUGAUUAGAAAAAUAAAAAACCUGUAUUUUGGGCAUCAUAUUUGACUCCACAUAAUAAUAUUUGACCCUUACAUAAUUAUCAACAAUAUAUACAUUUUUACACCCUGGUGAAUUAAAUAUAUUAAAUAUUGAACAUAUAAAUUUUUGAAAAACAAAUAAUUGCAUGCCUAUAGAGUUUAACGGGACUAUUGUUGUAUUCGCCAUUUUAUUCUAGCAAAUAAAUAUGCAUUUUUUAAAGUACAAACCAUCAUACUUUGACACCAAUCAACUAAAAGAAACUAGCACCAAUUGUUUUCUACAACAUGACAAGGUUUUUUAUUUUUACAGUCGAGCUUUACAUAUUUUUAUAUAUACAUCAAAGAUUUUUUGUACAUAUAAAUUUUGAUAUUUUGUCAUAUAUUAUUGCUUCCGGCACACUAAACUGUGCGUGUAAAUGUUAACUAUAUAUGCUUUUCGAGCUUCUGCCACAUAACAUGCACAAUAAAUCAGAUUUAAUGUUUAAAUUAAGACAGCUUAUCGCAUAUGACAAUAAUCAUAAGACAAUUGUAUAAUUUAUUAUUUUUACUCAAUAAAAAAAUUAUUGAA